CACCAUGCACACAUACACACCUGCAAUGUGGAGCUGAGUCAGUCUGAGGAAGCUAGCAUGGCAACACACACCGUCUCAAACACUGUUCUACUGGGCUUGCUGGUGCUUGGGCUCUGGAACACCAGAGUCUGGUCUCAGCAACCAGAACCAGGACCAGAACAAGAACCAGAACCAAGAACAGAACCAGGACCAGAACCACGACCAGAACCCGGACCAGUGGAGGAGAAGAAGGAGAAGACCACAGAGAUUGAGGAGGAGAAAGAUGUGUUGGUUCUACAUGUGAAGAACUUUGCUCGAGCGCUCAGUGAAAACAGCUUCCUGCUGGUUGAGUUCUACGCUCCGUGGUGUGGACACUGCCGGCAGCUGGAGCCUGUUUAUUCUGAAGCGGCAGGGCUGCUGAAGGCGGAUUCAGGUGUUCGAUUUGCUAAGGUGGAUGCCACAGAAGAGGAGGAGCUGGGGGCAGAGUUUCACAUCAGCAGCUUCCCCAUGCUGAAGCUGUUCACUUACGGGGACCGACACAACCCCAUCACCUACACCGGUAAGAGGACAGUAGCAGGUCUACUACAGUGGUUGAGGCGUCGGUCUGGUCCAGGAGCAGCUGUUCUGGAAUCUGUCCAAGCAGCUGAUGACAUCAUCACUGCUCACAACAUCACUGUGGUCGGCUUCUUCACAAGUUUAGAGAGUGUGGAGGCAAAGCUGUUUUCCGAAGUUGUCAUGGAGAUUGUUGACAUGGAGUUUGCUGUGACAACCAGCCCAGAGGUGUUCCACAAAUAUAGAGUGGAGGGAAGAGGUCUAGUGCUGUUCAAGAAGUUUGAUGAGGGCAGGGCUGAUCUGAUGCUGUCCAAGGAGGAUAUCCUGGACAAGGAGCAGCUGACCUCCUUCAUCCACAACAACAGCCUGCAGCUUGUCACAGAGUUCAGCGAACAGAAUGCAGACCAGAUUUUUGGCUCCAAGGUCCACACUCACUGUCUGCUGUUCGUGAACUCCAGUGUGCAGAGUCACAUAGCUCUGCUGGAGGACUACCGGAGGGUGGCUAAGGUGUACAGGGGACAGGUGUUGUUCAUCUUGAUUGAUGUGUCGGCUGGCCUAUCACACGUGCUUAAGUACUUUGGGCUGACAGAAGGCGAUGCCCCCACCGUACGCAUCAUCAACACAGACACCGUGAAGAAGUAUGCACUGGGCGGGGCUAUCACGACCCAGUCUCUGACGGAGUUCUGCCAGGGUGUUCUGGAUGGAACCAUCAAGCCCCACCUGCUCAGCCAGGAGCUUCCAGAGGGCUGGGACCAGGGCCCCGUCUCCACUCUGGUGGCUAAGAACUUUGAGGCUGUGGCCUUUGACCCCAACAAAAACGUAUUUGUGGAGUUCUAUGCUCCGUGGUGUGGACAUUGUAAGGAGUUAGCCCCAGUGUGGGAGAAGCUGGGAGAGAUGUAUGCUGAGCGUGAUGACAUCAUCAUAGCUAAGAUGGACAAUACAGCCAAUGAGCUGGAGUCUCUGUCUGUGUCUGGAUACCCCACACUGAGAUACUAUCCUGCUGGAGAGGAGAGGAAGGUGGUAGAAUACAGUGGCAGCAGAGACCUGGAGACUCUCUCCAAGUUCCUGGACAACGGAGGAACUCUGCCUGAGGAAACAGAGGAGGAGGAGAAGGAGGAGAAGGAGGAGGAGGAGGAGGAGGAGGAGGAGGAAAGGAAGGAGGAGGAGGUCACUGAUGACUCAUCACAGCUUCCUGCCAAUGAAACGUCCAAAGAUGAGCUGUGAUGUCACGCAGGACAA